CAAGUUGCAGUACCAUUCAUCUUCUACAGAUGGCGCCACAAGCCUUAUCGCACAAUAAUGCAUCUCUGGUAUCUGAACAAGCCAUAUGUUGCCACCUAUAGAAUAUGGAAGGAACUGCAACUUGGAGCAUGGAGGAUAUGAAGCAACAUGCGCCUUAUCGUGGGGUUGUACCCAUGGCAAGCAGUUAGAUUUAUUAUAAAGAUAUUUCGUUUACAAGAAUAUAUAGUUUCAAAUAAAAUGGGAACAACAAAACAAGAAGUACAUCGACCUGGUGCAUUUAAGCAAGUUAAUAAACCACAUAAAACGGGUAGACAUCGUAGUAAAGGAUCAAUAAGUAGCGAGGUUAAAGGAAAAGUUGGAGUAAAAGUUUUAUCGAAACGUGCCACUAAAAGUCUUGGGAAGCGUGCCCGAAGGCUACAAUCUUCACAAAUUAGAAAAAACAAGAGAGAGGAGGUGUUGCAGCAAAAAAGGAAUUUUGGUGGAUUCCAUUCUGCACCUAUUCUUCUAUGUAUUAUUGCAUUACAAAAAGAUGUAGAUGCUGAUAAUAUAUUAUCAGUAAUAACAAAAGCUGACGAGUCUGCGACUAUAAUUAGUAGUCCACGUGGUACAAUACAUUUAAGUGUACCUAGGUUCAAGCAACGCUUUUCUAUUGUGGUUGCACCAGUUGGAAAUUUGUUCGCGACAUUGGAUAUAGCAAAAAUAGCUACCACUGUUCUUUUCGUUGCAUCCGCAACAAAUAAGUCGGACAAUAGUCCCAGAUUGGAAGUACUUGAUGACUGGGGAAAGGAAAUUAUUAUGCCCUGUGUUGCUCAAGGUUUGACAACUCCGCUAAUAGCACUUACAAAUGUUGAAAAUCUUCACAUAAAGAAACGUCAAGAUUUCAAAAGCCAUGUACAAUCCGAACUUUGUAAGUGGCUUCCUAAGGAAGAAGUUUUCCAACUAAGUACCCCCAUUGAUGCUUUUAAUAUUUUACGACGUAUUGGUACUAGAAAACAAAGAACAGUAUCUUAUAGAAACAAUAGAGCUCAGUUGUUAGGAGAAGAAGCAGUAUUUAAAUGUAAUGAAAACUCCACAGAGCUUGGAACUCUAAUGAUCUCUGGGUAUCUCAAGAACGUACCAUUAUCAGUUAAUGGUUUAGUUCAUAUACCUGAAUUGGGAGAUUUUCAAAUCUCUCAAAUUGAUGCACCUGGUGAUCCAUAUCCAGUGGAGAAAAAGUUGAAGAAAGAUUGUAAUGCAAUGGACGAUGAACCAUCUACGCGGGUUCUUGCACGCGCAGAUCCAGGGAAACAAGAAUCUCUCGAAAGUGAAAAUAUACUUGACCCUAUGGAUGCUGAACAAACUUGGCCUACAGAAGAGGAAUUAGCCGAAGCCAAAGCACAAAGGAAAAAAAUUGUAAAGAGAGUUCCAAAAGGAACUUCUGAAUAUCAAGCAGCUUGGAUUCCUGAUGAGGAUGGAGAGGAAUUGAGUGAGUGCUCGAGCGAUGAAUCAGAAGACGAGAUGUCUGUCGAUGAAGCACAAUCUGAAACGGAUAGUGGACCAGACGCAGAAGACGAGGAAGAAUACGAGACAAUUACUGUGUCCGAAGUUCCUGAUGAACGAUACGAUGAGAAUAUCGAUAUGACAGAAGAAAAAGAAGCAAUGGAAAACUUGAAGAACGCAAAAUUAGACGCAAAAUUUCCUGACGAAGUAGAUACACCUCAAGAUAUGUUAGCAAAACAGAGGUUUCAGAAAUAUCGUGGACUUGAAUCAUUCAGAACAAGUCCGUGGGAUCCGGAAGAAAACCUUCCUACUGAUUACGCUAGAAUAUAUAAAUUUGAAAAUUUUGAUAGAACACGAAAACGAAUAUUUAAAGAAUCGCGGGAAAUAGAGGGUGCUAUGCCUGGUUGGUAUAUCACAAUUCACGUUGCAAAUGUACGCGUAGAUGCAUUUUCUUCAUUGGGAAAUCAUCCAUUAAUUGUAUUUGGUUUAUUACCGAACGAGCACAAAAUGUCUGUCUUAAAUGUGACAUUAAAACAUACGGGUCAAACAUACAGUCCGGUGAAAUCUAAAGCAAAAUUGAUAUUUCAAUGUGGAUUUAGGAGAUUCACUGCGUGCCCAAUAUUUAGUCAACACACAAACGGAAACAAACAUAAAUAUGAGCGGUAUUUUCGUCCAGAGAACACUGUCGUAGCAAGCAUGUACGCUCCAAUUACUUUUCCACCAUGCCCAGUAUUAUGUUACGUUGAAAAACUGAAUAAAUCAUUGGAAUUAAUUGCAACCGGAAGUGUAUUAUCUGUGAAUCCAGAUAGAAUAGUUGUAAAACGUGUUGUUCUUAGCGGUCAUACGUACAAAGUGCAUAAACGAUCAGCAGUUAUAAGAUUUAUGUUCUUUCAUCGAGAAGAUAUAAACUGGUUUAAACCAGUUGAACUACGAACGAAAUAUGGUCGCAGAGGACAUAUAAAAGAACCAUUGGGUACUCAUGGUCAUAUGAAAUGUGUAUUUAAUGGUCAACUGAAGUCGCAGGACACGAUUUUAAUGAAUUUAUACAAAAGAGUAUUCCCAAAAUGGACAUAUGAACCUUUGUUCAAAAAUUGUGGUUAAAGAUUUCAAUAAUACAUAUUAAAUAAUGUAAUAUACGUAUAUUCGAUAAACAUACUCUUCAAGUUUUC